AUGGUUAUGGUGACGCUCAGCGUCGUUGUUACUGUAAUUUCUCUGAAUUUACAUUUUCGAACACCCACCACCCAUUUGAUGCCGAAAUGGGUGAAGCUGGUGUUUCUGAAAUGGCUGCCGAAAAUUCUGUUCAUGAGGCGACCACUUGAUGACGGCGAUGACUCAUUCAAAAGAGUGAGCUCCAGAAAAGGAAUAGUACCAACAACGUUGGAUGGGAAAAUUCCCCUAAACCUUCACGAGCAUCGAGUGAGUCGGGAUGUCGGAAAAAGUCUCGCCAAUGCUGCGAUUGACGAUCGAAUUCAGAAAUUGUACUACUCUCCACAGGUAUCGGGUUUCGUGCUGAUUCUUCGUUGUUCGCUGAUGGUCGUUUCACAGUUCGCAGGAAAAAUCGCGAGAAGACCUUUUGAAUCUUCUGCAAUUUUAUUGAAUGACCCCAAAAUAGCAAUGCAUCCUUUGCAGGUGGUGAAAGCCUUUGAGAAUAUCUGCUUCAUCGCUGAACUGCUCAAGAAGAAGGACCGAGACGAUAAGGUUCAGAUUCCACCUUCAUCGAAUAUUCAUCUUUGGUCUAAAGAACAACGAUAA